AGGAACUUUAACAACUUCCUGAUUCUGGAACCCAGACAGAGACUUUUCUUCUUUGCUGCCAGUCUAAUGUCUAUCUCGGAGUCUCCCUUCGGAUGCUGUUUCUUGGGUCCUCUCUUCUCCCUGAGCUCUUUUCUUCUUUUCCCUUCUUAUUGGUUUGUAGAUCGACUCCUGAGCUCCGUGGUUCUCAUCAGUGUAGAGCAAUCCCAAGGUCCAGUCCCAAGGAUUGUUUGCCUGCUGCUAGGGGUGCCAGUCUUCCUCCUGCUUUUCCUGAUUUCUCUGCCCUUGGCACUUGUUGGAUUAAUUCUCUGGACUCCACUGAAUCAAGUCCGACGUCCAUUCUGCUACCAGCGAGACCCAAAUUCACUCAUCUCUACUGAAGCCCAUCUUGAGAACGGAGGCUCAUUUACCUUCAUCAGUGCCAACCUGUGCCUUCUUCCUGAUGGCCUGGCACGUUUCAGUAAUCUCAGACACACUCAACAACGCACUGCCCUCAUUUCCAAUGUCUUGAAAGUAUCCCAGAAACGAUCCUCCACCCAACACAAGGCAGAUAACGGGGAUGCCACUUCCAUUUGCAGUACGGAAGAUGUCAUGGCUAUGGUGGAGAUGGAGGGCAAGGAAGACACUGUCCCUUGUGAAGACGUACAGUUCCCAGGUCAGGUUUCUGUGAUGUUUCCCCAUGACGCAGAUUUCUUGUGUCUGCAGGAAGUGUUUGACCGGCGUGCAUCACGCACACUACGACGUGUCCUGGCCAAUUCCUUCCCCCACAUACUGUAUGAUAUUGGUCCUUCUGGACCCUAUGACUGUGGCUUUAAAUUUUUUAGCAGUGGCCUAUUCCUAGCCAGCCGAUACCCACCCACAGCUGCCAAGUACCAUUACUAUCCAAACUCACGAGGGGAGGAUUCUCUUGCUGCCAAAGGACUUCUCUGCGUCCAGGUUAAGGUUGGCAUCACAGAAGAGAAGCAGAGGAUUGUAGGAUACUUUAACUGCACCCACUUACAUGCCCCAGAGCAGGAUGCCAGUAUUCGAUGUGAACAAAUGUCUCUCGUCCUUCGAUGGGUGUCCGAGUUCCAGGCUGAAAACCGUGAGACUGGAGAUAUUAUUUGCUUCGAUAUUCUUUGCGGUGACUUGAACUUUGACAAUUGCUCUCUUGAUGACUCUUUGGAACAAAAUCACGAGAUAUUCUCUGUUUACAAGGAUCCGUGCCGUGACUGUGCUGGGCGUGAUCGUCCGGGCACUGUCGGAACCCUCUUGCGGCAGGAAUUUAUAUAUCACGAAGCUCUGAGGACACCAGAGAAGCUCAAAAGGACUCUGCUGUCGGAUUGUGAGCGGCGACUUUACAUUGCACCUCCUCUCCCUCCGGGCACCGGUCAUGAUGAGCAGCAGUGGACAGGGCGUAGAAUUGAUUAUAUUCUUUACCGUGAUUCUCCCCUGAUACUUCCUACGGUUAUGGAUAAAUACCAGUUUAUCACCAGCUUGGCGGGACUGUCCGAUCAUAUCCCUGUGUCCUUAACGCUUUCUAUCUCACUGCCAGAAAUAACCUCCUUGUGACUAUAAACGCCAGGCAGAUACCAGCAGGAGGAAAACAGAAGAUGGAAUAGAUUGAAGGCUAAACAUGGACUUGAUAUGGCAUGGUGUCCUUAAACUACGGGUACAUUGAAGCUGACUGAUUAAAUCGCCCUUUGUGUUGGGUUGGAAUUUUUUGGAAAUCCUUUGUAAAUGUUUGAGAGCAGAUGAUUAAAAUGCACAUUGCAAUCUAGA